UCCAGGUUUUACGGGAUUGAUGAAGCGUUUUGCACAUGAAGCUGAAAUUCAGCUACACCAAAAGACUUUUGAAUUUUGAGCUGAAAUUUAGCUACACCAAAAUGCUCAACUUCUAAAUUGAUACAGUCUCUUUGCUUCCAGAAAAUUCAACCGAGUUGAACUCGAAAAGAAGAAAGACAAAGAGGAACCCGCAACAAAUACUGGAUCUUGGCUACAAGACAUAAGGAAAGUCAUAAGCGAGGAGAUCUCAUGAUAAUUUCAGCCAAAUCUCUUCUGUUCUCGUCUGCAUUGCUUUUCCCUUAAUCUCACCAUCACCAGAAUUAUGAGCCAUAGAAAGCUCUAUUCAGGCAUCGAAAGGAUGGAUGGUGCAACAAAGCUGGACGAGAAGGAGAACCAUGUCCUGUCCUCAAAAGAAAAGGCUCCAAUUUCGAACUCACUAAGGUCCCCACUUUCAGAGGUCCAUUCCAAUACAAGAAGUAAUAUUUCAGCUGAUGAAAGGUGUUGUAGCUUCAACAAUAAGAGGAAGGUGAAUGAACUAUGUAGCAAUGAAUGGUUAAGCUUCACGAACAGAACAGGUUGUAGUUUUUUAGCUAAUGAAACAACUCAACAGAAAAAAGCAAGUGACAUUCCAAGCUUAGGAUCGGUACUAGCUAUUCAAAGAAUUGCUGAAGAGCAACCACGUAGAAUUUUUUAUAACAGCUUCAGCAUUGGUUUUAGAACAACUAAUGUUGCAGAAACUAUAGACGUAAAUGAAAAAUCCAGCAUUCAGACAACAGAGGACUCGCCGUUCUUGGGGUUUAAUGUGCUAUCACAGGUGACUUUAUCAAGAGAUGACUCAAAGCAUGCUAGGAUGGAAAGAGCAACCAAGAUAGCUAAGAAAAGGAAGUGUGUGGACAUCCAUUCCCAACAAGGGGCAGCACAUCACGCGAGGAUUGAGAGAGCAUUCAUAUUAGCUAAAAGAAAGCAAACCAUAGUCUCACGCACCCAAGAAGGAACUAAGUCUGCAAGCACAUUCACCACACAAACCAUGCAAGUGACUUCGAUGGAAGAUCAAACAACAUAUGCUAGAAGGUAUAGAAGGCAACUAAUGGAUGCAAAAAGGAGUCCUGAUAUCUCCAAACACAUGCAAGGCUCGGUAAGGACUCCAAGAUAAAGACCUAUUGAAGCCGACAGAGACUAUUGCAAGCAAAAUAGUGGUAUGCUAUGAGUUGGUUGAGG